GCCUGAGGGUUCAAAAGCUUCAGGCGUGAACCAGGACGCGCAACAGAGAUCAGCUGUUUUAACAACAACUGCUGUUUCUGAGCACGAUGACGACACAUCUGUGUUAGAGGAACAUCUGGCUGCUGGACACACACUCACACACACUCACACACACUCACACACACACACACUCACUCACUCACUCACACUCUGUGAUCAGAGACAUGAAGAGUGAAGUGAGGUGAAGACAGGAGGAGGAAGUGAAAGUGAAACUGAUCCAGGACUCAAACCAGAAGAAGAAACCGAACUAGUGAAGGACUCUGUCAUACCUCCUGUCCUCAGCAGCAUGACAUCACCAGACAACACUUACUUCAUCAUAACAGAAAAACCUGAAUAUCUCUCACACAUCAAUGCCGGCCAAAUAUGUUAUGUCCCUGAAUACAAGUACAGAACACUCAGACCUUCUUCUCAGUUAAAGGUCUUCCCCUUCGGUGCAUCUGUGCUCUUAGAUUAUGCCAUAGACAUGAGUUGCAUGUCGGUUCUGCCGGCGGAAUGGGCCAAGCUGCUGCUGGCCGUGCCUGAUCGUGAAGAGCGGCUGAUGUGGUUCAGAGAGGAAGCUGCGCUCCAAACAGCACUCAGACUCACGGUGGGCAAUGUAGUGAUGGUGCAGGAAGGAGAAGAGGAGCUGAGGGGCAUCGUCCGCUACAUCGGAAGACUGAAACUCCAAUCACAAUCUCUAAAUCCUUUAUCAGCAACUUUCUUUGGGAUUGAACUACAGGGAGCAGACAGAGGGAAGGGCGACAACAAUGGAUCCCACCAUCAUGAAACCUUGUUCUCAUGUGCAAAAGAUUGUGGCAUUUUUGUCCCGUUCUCCAGAGUCAGACCUUUGGUCCCCAGCUCCCUGACGCCUUCUGCCCCUGAGCCACAGCUACAAACAGAGGAGCUGUCCUCCGGGGACAGAGUCACGUACUUCAUCGGUGAUACAUGCGGUCAUGGGAUGGUGGUGGACAUGCUGGAAAAGGACGGACAAUCUUUUGUUCGGAUCUCCACAGACAUGGAUGAAAAUGGGAAGACGGGAGGUGAAGUUAAAGUUCCGCUGGAGUGUGUGGUGAAGGGAGAGGUCCCUGCAGAGCCAGAGAGGAUCGACGUCGAUGCGCCGCUGGUUGAACAGAACACAGAUCUGUACAUGAGUCUGACUGUGAACUCUGUGGUGGAGGUGACGCUGGCUGCAGGGAAUUCAUACGGAAUCAUCCGCUGGAUCGGCCCUCUGGCCGAUAAAGAGCAGAUCAUGGCCGGACUGGAGCUGGAGGAGGACAGAGGAGUGAGUGACGGCACCUUUAAGAACAAGCGUUUCUUCACGUGUCCCCCCCGGAGGGCGCUGUUUGUGAAGCUGAGCUCCUGCCGUCCUGACUCGCGCUUCCAGAGCAUUUCAGCCAGUCGCAGCGAGAAGAGGCCAGAACAGGAUGACACAGAGAGCGUUGGAGAGAUGGAGCUCAGUUCAGUGAAGACAGAGACGGUUCCUCCAAUCAGCACUGAGCAGGUGAACCAGAUUCUGAUUGGACAAAUGAAAGGGAUCCAAGGCCACUGCAACUCCUGCUACAUGGACGCUGCCCUCUUCAGUUUGUUUUCCUGCUCCUCUGUGCUGGACUCAAUGUUGUUUAAAUCAACAACCCCUCAGGACGCCCCGAUCCAGAAAACACUGCUCCGAGACAUUGUCAACCCGCUCCGCAGCAAGGGCUUCGUGGAAGGGCGGCACAUCAUGAAGCUCCGGCAGCAGCUGCAGAGACACGGCUACAGUCGCUCCUUCACCACGGACGAGAAGGAUCCAGAGGAGUUCCUCAUCAUCAUCAUGCAGCAUAUUCUCUCCCUGGAGCCUCUACUCAAACUCUCAGCGGGCGGUAAAGUGCAGGAGAGUUACUGUUAUCAGAUCUUUCUGGACCAGAACCACAGCUUGGUGCUGCCGACAGUUCAGCAGCUGCUGGAGCAUUCCUUCCACAGCGCAGGACUCAAACUGGCCGAGGUGCCGUCCUGCCUCAUCCUCCAGAUGCCUCGAUUUGGAAAGAAAUUCAAGAUGUUUGAAAAAAUCGUUCCCUCACUGGAGCUGGACAUCACUGACCUGCUCUCUGAAGGUUCCCUGCAGUGCAUGCUCUGUGGAAGCAUGGCUGAGGUUCAGUGCACCGACUGUUUUAAGGAUCCUGUUUUCAGUCAGACGGGAUUUAAAGUUUUCUGCAGGACGUGCUCAACUCAG